CUUUGCAGAAAAAAAAUCAGUGUCUUCAAAACUUACGAAAAAUUGUUCCAGCCAGCACUGCACACACUCAUUGAAACAAUGAAAAAUAAAGCUCAACAUGAAAUAAAUCUUAACGUCUUCCAAGGAUAAUUAAAAUAAAACAACAACUAAAAAAUUAAACAAGGAUAAGAGAAAAUCACCUACACUACAAAAGACAACAAACAACCAUCACCAUCAACUAGAGCAACAACAUUCAUCUACUAUAACAACAACAACGAGCCACAUUCAAAGAGCCUGUUUUGACAAGGCAUGUUUAUACCUGAUUCACUGCGUAGCUGUAUGAUCGAGACGGACGUUAAUUCCUACCUCCAAACCUCAUCCUCAGGACAGGUGCUGAACUUAUACGUGGUAUCAGUUUUUUAAGCAAAUACGAAAGAAACUUUCUAUCUCCCUCAAAUGAACUAAUUUGCCCCGCCAUGCCAUGCCACAAGCUAACCAAUCUCAGAUCAAAAAAAAAUCACAAAACCACCGACUAACAACAUCCAAAAGCUAAAAGCCAAUCAUUUUCCUUGCAUUUUAACAACGUCAGAACGCAAACAAAAAAGAAAAACAUAAAACGUCGAAAUUCCGCAUAUCUUUUGGACCAAAAGUGUACAGAACCGAAAAAGAAACAAGGAUCUGAUCAGCAUUUCCAUUUAGCCAAAUUGGGUUUUUUUCAAUCGAAACUAAACAGAAACAAAAUCCCACAAAGGCUAUCCACCGCCAAUCACAGGCUCAAAGCUAACAGACAAACAAAUUGAUUUCCAUUUCUCCAUAGGGGUUUCCCUUCUGUCUCUCUCCCUCACGGUGUGUGUGUGUGUAUGUGUCUCCCUGCACGCUGUCUGUUUUCUGCUGUACGAAGUGAACGUACACAAAGAACAAAAAGAGCCAAACCAAAUCAAAAAAAGAAAACCCCAAACGAAUAUUCGGAAACCCAACUUGUAUCCGUUAACUAAGAUGAGUUUCAUCCGUUCAUUGAAGCCCUGUUGCCGUAUGUCAAAUCAUUUUCGUAUUCAUGGUUUAAUUUGCAAGCAGCGAAGCGAAAAUACUACAAAAAGCAUGAGAAACGUAUGUCCCUGGAGGAGGAGAGACACUGUAAGGAUGAGUUACAGAACGAAAAAGCCGAAGUCAAACAGAAAUGGGCUUCCCGUUUGCUGGGCAAACUACGCAAAGACAUAACCCAAGAAUGUCGCGAAGAUUUCGUGCAAUCCAUAACGGGCAAACGCAAAUCGAUAUGUGUCCUGUCCAAUCCCGACCAGAAGGGCAAAAUGCGACGCAUUGACUGUUUGCGUCAGGCGGACAAGGUAUGGCGUUUGGAUCUGGUUAUGGUCAUUCUGUUCAAGGCCAUACCGUUGGAGAGUACCGACGGCGAACGCUUGGAAAAGAGUCCCGAAUGCAUACACCCGGCAUUGUGCGUGAAUCCGUAUCACAUUAACGUCUCGGUGAGGGAAUUGGAUUUGUAUUUGGCCAAUUUCAUCAAUACCCAUGAUCCGCUGAGCAGUCCAUCGCCCACAUCUCCGCCACCGGGUACCCCCUCAACGCCAUCGUUGAUGCUGUACAGCAAUGAUGCCAACAGCACCAAUAACAAUAAUACCAACAGCAAUAACAACAACAACAACAGCAAUGCCCCUGACAAUAAGAAACGCCUUGAAGAUGAGCGCAAGAACAAAGGUAUGUAUCGGCAGGAUGAAGAGGAUCAUGUGAAGUUUUCUUGUAUCAAGGACACUAACAAUUCAGAUGUAGACAACACACCAUUUGCAGGCUACAGCCACAAUCCCUACAAUGGUGUUGUGUGCAAUGAUAUAAUUUUGGCCACGGGUGUAUUCUCUUCCAAGGAACUUUGGAAGCUCUCAAAAGCUUCCAUUUUGGAAGAAACCACCAACGAUCUCAUCCAGGCUAGUUCAAUUAAAUUGGAGCAUCCGGCGGCCGCCUAUGAGUGCAACACAUAUCAGAUGUCGGCCUCAGCUGCUCCUCUGGGAUCGGUAGUGGGUGGGGUGAACAGUGCUGGCAUGGUGACCUCAGCCGAUGGUCGUUCGUCGGUCAGUGCUUCCAUGGUAUUGUCCUCGGGUUAUAGCAUUGACUUUGUGGAUCCACGCAGCAGCAUGCAUAUUUCGAAUUCUUCCCUCCUAAGGGCCUCCUCGGCAGCCACCUGUAAGAGUGAUCCGAACGGUUCGCCCCAAGACGGAAGCAGUUUCUCUGUGAUAUUAAGGCAAAAUGAAGACAAUGGCAGUAAUGGUGGGGCGGGAACUUCUUCAGCCACCAAUGCCGAAGAUCCAGCUUUACAAAGAUACACCCCAACAAGCAAUCGAGUUUUGUUGAGCAUGGGCCAGAUGCGACCGGGAGAAGUUCUCAUGCAGCACAAUGUCAGCUCAUCCUUGGUGCCAAAUUCGGUUAGCCCGGCUCUGUACUAUCCCCAGCAAAAUAGUCCCGGCUCAAAUCCCAAUGAAUCGGCCGAAGAAGCUCAUCAUGCUGCCCAGCAACAGCAGCAGCAACAACAACAACACCACCAUCAUCAUCAUCAACAGCAGCAGCAACACCAUCAGCACCACCACCAGCAUCAACUGCAUCAGGCCUCAGCGACGCCCAAAUAUGCCACAGAAUUGGUACAGCACGGCCAGGAUAUGUCGGAAUUUGUGGCCUAUGUGUGCCAGGACACUGGGGGUAUACAUCCAGCCAAUGCUGGAGAUCCAUCCGAUCUACAUGUGCAUCACCAUCAAACGUCUUCCCAUUUUCAAUUGCAGCACGCUGCUGCCGCCGCUGCCGUGGGUCGUGGUCCCAAAAUAUCGGCCGUAUCGGCUGCCGCAGCUGCAGCUCACUACCAGCAGUACAGCACCAUGUUGCCGCCACCACCUCUGCCGCCCAUGGCCCGACCGGUAGCCAUCAUACGUUCUACGGGGGACUUGACAAUGGUGGCAUCGCCACCAACUUCAACCGCCAUAUCACCACCACCGCUGACGAGUGUAUCCUCGGCUGGUGAUUCGCCGCGUCAUCAUUCGCACAGUCAUCAGAGUUUGCAGCAUCACCCACAUCACCACCAUCAUCAUCAUCACCAUGGUCAUGGUCAGCAGCAGCAACAACAGCAACAUCAUCAACAGCAGCAGCAGCAGCAGCAGCAACACACCACCAUUGAUCACACCUCGAGCAGUGGUCUCACUUCAAUGUCUUCUAAACUUACCAACACAACCGCCUCCACGAGUUCCGCCCAAGACACAACGGCUUCCAACACCACCAUAACUGUGGGUAGCGCCACCACCAAUAAUUCUUCCGAUCUGGUGGUUGCCUCGACAGCAUCCGCCUCGCCGCCUCCAGCACCCACACAAUCACCGCACCCCCAUCACAUCAUUGAUGUGGCACGAUGUAAAACCUCGCCCACAUCGUCGGCAUCAGCUGUGGCGGUGUCAACGCCCACAUCAGCGCUGACACGCAUCUCGGCCCAGCCAUAUCCGAACACCAAUGGUCGUGAAUACUUUAAUCAUUUCCAUACGCAAACAACGCCGCUGUUGGGUUAUACAACCAUGUCGGGUGUUAUCAGUCCAACCAAUCUUAGCCUGUACUCAUCAACAACAGGCGUUUCAUCACAUCGCACAACACCGAGAUCACGUUGGAAUACAUCGUUCCUGUCCAUGGAGGAUGAUUUCAAUAUGAUGUCCCACACACUGACAAGCACAAAUCCGGAGGCAACACCGGUUAUUCUAAUGGAAGACUCUGGUCGUUAUAGCGACGAAUAUGUAACGAGUCGCGACUACGUUACAUGAUUAUAAAUGCAACAAACGUUUUAUAUGCCCUACUAGAACUGCAAUCAACAGACAAAAACAACAACUACAACCACAAAACAAUAAUACUAACAACAAAAGAGAAACUGUAAGAAAAAUAAAAUACUAAAUUAUAUUAUAAUAAUUAUAAGUUAAAUUAGACUAUUUAUUAUUACUAUUACUAUUAUGAUAAAUUAUUUAGUUUUUAUAAAAGGAAAAUAUUUUUUAGAAAACAAGUUAAACGAUAAUUGUUCGUUAAAGAUGAAAGAGAAAUAUUAAUUAAAAAAGAAAAACAUGUUCAAAUGUUUAAAAACAUAUAAUAAAUAUGAAACUUAAAAAAGAAGGAAGAGCAUAACAACACAAAAGCCCAGGUAAAAAGUAAACUAGACAAAGGAGAAAGUAGGGAAAGUUAAAAAAAAAUAAGUGAAUUAAAAAUUCAAAAAUUUAAAUUUGCAAUUGGGAAUUCUUACAGAAUCCUUUUCGCAGAAGUUGUGAGGCUCCUCUAGCAUUUGUUGUUAUCAGCAAUGUCCGAUGUCCAAAGUAAAAUUUCAU